UCUUGGUUGACGGAAGUAGUGAAGAUACAAUACAUGAACGUGUAUGCAGUGUUUUUGAUGGAAGUUAAAUUUUAAUUGAAUCGAAAAUGCCACUGUUUGGAAGAAAGAGUGAUGGAGAUAAAAAAGACAAAGGGAAGGAUGGCGAUAUUAGGAAGAAAUAUGAUUUAAAAGAAACUCUUGGAACUGGAGCCUUCUCAGAAGUUUUAUUGGCCGAAGACAAAACAGAUCCUGGUAAAUUUGUUGCUGUGAAAUGUAUUGAUCGCAUGGGCAUAGUUGGAAAAGAAGAAUCUCUUAAUAAUGAAAUAGAAGUUUUAAGAAGAUUAAACCAUCCGAAUAUUGUAAGAUUAACAGAUGUGUUUGAGGAUAAGAACUAUGUUUACCUAGUCAUGGAACUUGUGACAGGUGGGGAGUUAUUUGAUCGUAUAGUCGAGAAAGGCAGCUACACAGAACGGGAUGCUAGUCUCCUUAUAAAACAGGUUUUAGAGGCUGUGGACUAUAUGCAUGAUAAAGGCAUUGUACAUCGAGAUUUAAAGCCAGAAAAUUUACUGUACUACAGUAAUUGUGAGUCUUCUAAGAUUAUGAUUAGUGAUUUUGGAUUGUCAAAAAUUGAAGAUUCAGGAACCAUGGCAACAGCUUGUGGUACACCUGGUUAUGUUGCUCCAGAAGUUCUCGCUCAAAUGCCUUAUGGGAAAGAAGUGGAUUGUUGGUCAAUAGGUGUUAUAGCUUAUAUAUUGUUAUGUGGAUAUCCACCAUUCUACGAUGAAAAUGAUGCAGCAUUGUUUCAACAGAUUCUGAAAGCAGAGUUUGAGUUUGAUUCUCCCUACUGGGAUGAUAUAUCUGAUUCUGCCAAAGAAUUUAUUCGUAAAUUGAUGUGUAAAGAUCCAAAGAAAAGAUUAACAUGCAAAGAAGCUAUCGCUUUCCCUUGGAUAUCUGGUAACACAGCCCUUGACAAAGAUAUCCACGCCUCUGUUAGUGCUCAGAUGCAGAAGAAUUUCAUCAAAAGUAAAUGGAAGAGAGCUUUCAAUGCCACAGCCGUCAUCAGGCAAAUGAGAAAAUUGGCGAUGCAUAAAGAGGAUCAGAACCACAAAAAGUUCCAUGAAUAGUUGGACUGUAUUGAGAUUUGUAUGUCAUUUGCCUAUGAAAGAUCAAAAAUUUUAGGGACGCAGUCAGCCGAGUUCAGAUUGUAUCCAGGGAAGUUUCUUGUUCAUGGUUUAGAACAAGUCUGAUUUAAAAUUUAGACUGGUUGCAGUGUUAUCAAGAGAAAUAAUUGUUGAAAAGGAUCCUGUUUUAUGAGAGAAAUUUAUAUCUUUGAUCAGAAAUUAGUAUGCAUUAUUUGAUGCAUUUCUCUGUAUGCAAAGUUUGUAAAAGGGAAAUUUCAUGUAUUUUUAACGUCUAUUUUAUAUUUAGUACGAAAUAAUUAAUGUAAGUUGUCAGUGUUUAACAUUUAAGUGGUUAUUUCAUGUGUAAUCAAAAUUUGUUUGAGAUGCAGAGGAUAUAUUGUUUUGUAUAGAGUAUAUUUAGCUAAAAAAGUAACACUUUCAUUUUUGUCCUGUGGGGGCUCAAAGGGAUGGACCUAUGAUUUAAAGUGGCACAAAUGUAACUAAGCCUAUAGAUAUAAAUGGUUACGUCAAAUGUGAUGAUUUAAUAUCAUAUAUUUAUCCUUAAUUCAAGCAUAAUAGAGUGUUUGUGGGUUAUGAAGGUUUUAAUUUCUUUUUGAGGAAUUUUGUUGUUUCAUUUCCAAAAAUCCGUUAACUUAUUUUCUUUAAUACUUUUUUCAUCCUCUUAAAUUUGUGUAGCAUUAGAAUGGAAUGUUUGAGCUUGAUAGAAAGAAAUGAUAUCAGAAUUUCAAAAUGGUAAAUAUUUUUUGUUGUUGUUUUUCAAUAUUUUUAUCUAAAUUUGUUUCGAAAUUUUUUAGUGCAGUUUAUAGCUUUCAGUUAAACAUUGUUGAAUAGUGUUAUCAAAUAUAGUAUGUGAGUAAAUAAGUUACCAUGUAACACAGCAUUCUUAUUUUGUCAAUGGUUUAUAGGAGUGUCAAUUUUAUACAUGUGCUUAGUGGGGCAGUGUUGUGUCAAUGUCAUUAGAAUUUGUAAUAUUUAUACUAUGAAGUGUAGAACGAUCGCUUGAAAACAAAUUUGUGCAACUAUGACAAACAUAGUGUCUCACUUUGAGGUUCAAAUUUACCUAGAAUUGUUGGGACUCUAUUUUCAUUUGGCUAUUUUUGGAAUCCACUGAUUCAACUUAACAAUUAAUGCUUUAGUGGUUUACUGCAAAUAUUUGUUCAUUUAUUUGAAAGUAAAAUGGAAUAAAGGUUCUGACAGAUUUGUUGACAAAAAUUGUUUAUUAUCUUAUUAGUAUUUAAGCAAAAUUACAUUAUACAUGUUUGUAUUAAGUUUAACAUUAUAAAAAAAGAUUAAGUUCUGAUUGAUUCCAGUGUUAUUCUCAAAAUAUACACAGAUAUAAUUAUGGAAAACUUAUAAUAUUUAAGGAAUUCUAAUAAUUUUCCUGUUAUGUUUUCCAUAAGUUUUUUUUCCAUUUUAUUGGUUUCCAAAAAGAAUGGAAUCUUUGAACUUUUUCGUUAAAAUGUAAGUUUGGCAUAGCCAUGUUGUACUUCUAUAAUAUGACUUAAAGUAAGCAUGAAGCUUACCUAUGUACAUAGAUGUUUCAAAAGUAUAUGAUGUUGAACAAACAUAUCUGUACAAAUAAUGAUUUUUAUGGCACAUAUUUGUGCAUUAUUUACUAAAAAUGAUAUUUUUGCUAAAACCUUUUAAUAGAAAACGUCACAAUUAUUUUGAAAUAAUGUUGUUAAUUAUAAGAGCCCAAAGAAAUAGAAAUGAUCAAUGCUAUAGUAUAUAUAGAAUAAUAUUCCAUUAAAAGGCUAACUCAAGAAUAAAGAAUAAUUGGGUUUUUCCCAGCUUAUCUGUUUGUACAAACAAAGUUUACAGUUACAGCUUCGAAAAUAAGCGCAACAGGUUGACUUAUCUAUUGUGACCGGUAGUACACGGUGAAGCUAUAAAAAAGUUUGUACCUACGGAUUAGCUGGGAAAAACCCACAUUUAAGAAAAUCAUUGUUUAAAUUUUAUGCUUUGAUUAAUUUUUUUACCUCGGUUGUAAUACUGCCAUUAUUAUAAUUGAUUAAUUAUAGAAAAUAGUAAAUCAAAAAGUCUUUUGACAAGUUUAAAAUAUAUUAUAUAUUAUCAUUAGAAAUGGAAUAGUUUCUGAAAACUAGUAAGUAUUAGUUAUAUGAAAAAAGGCCUUUGAUGACAAAAUAAUCAUAGUGUUGUUCAUUUUCAGCAUAAGUUACAUUUUAGUCUUUCUGUGUUUCAGUUUCUUGUUAUUGUUAUUACUAUUUAUAAGUAAUCAAAGGCCAAUUAUUCCCCAGAAAUGCUUGUAUUUUCAUUUUAAUAAAAGGUUUUCUUUUUAAUUUUGAUAUCCAGUUGUAGGUUCCAAACAGUAACUGAUUUGCCAGUAAUUUGAACCAUCUUUUGCAUUGUUUGCUUUUUGGCAAUAGGUACAGUAAUAGUGAUUGAGCUUUUUGUAUGGAAGCUAAAUUACUUCCUUGUUUACAUUUUGCUACCUUUAUGACAAAUAAUGUCAAAUUCAACGCUUUUUCUUCAGGUGACAAGCAUCUAACCUGCUCUAACACCGUUAUUUAAAUGAUAUAAAACUCUUGUUUGCCCAUACUAAAGAUUAAAGUAUCUACUUGUUUCUGAGGCAUAAUAUGCCUUUAAUUUGAUGGGAAAAAAUAAUUUAUGAUAAUUGUGCAUUUCAUUACUUGAAAAAGUUUCAAACUUGUAACUGAAUUUCUCUGAACUUAAGCCUGUCAUCCUAAAUUAUAUCCAGGUGAAUGCUAUAGUAAGGAACUUUAUAUUGGCGUGCAUGAAGUUUAAUACACAUAUUGUACUGAACAAAGUUCUAUAACUGAUGAUAUUGUACUGUCUUCCAUUUAUUGACUUUACAUAUUGGAUAUAACAAUUUUGGCGUUAACAAUAAUAAUGAUAGUGACAUGUUGCACACUGGUGUAAUAAUCAUGCCUGCCUCUAUAUUGCUUCAUUUUGGACCAGACUGUAAUGUUGAAUGCAAGAUUGAAAGUAAAAAAAAGAAAUUAAAAAAUGCUAUUAGAUUAUCGGAUAUAUUGUGUAGGAAUACCUAUUUUGAUUGGCCAUAUGAAAUUCGAUGAUAUUUUUUGUUUGACUUUCUGAACUCUGACAUUGAUGUCAGCAUCAGUGUCGCUGUCACUGUUUGGCAAAAAUUGUUUAUGCAAGUUGGUGUCUCCAAAACUACUGAAGGGAAUGGGUUGAAACUUCAUAAACUUGUUUCCUGUAAUAAACUAACAUGGUUAACAUUGGUCCCAUACCUUUUUGCAGAGUUAUACCUCCUUUUCACUGUCAUGCGCUGAGAAAAGUCAAGUGUACUGUCUUAAGGACAGCUAUUGUGUUUGGAAAGGUUAAUUGAUAUUUAUGAUGCAAUAUCUGCUGUAUUUUAAUGAGAUUAUUUAUCUGAAAGAAUAAGCCAUCUAAUUUGUUUUAAAAUUUCUUCCUCUAUCUAAUAAUUAAGAUGCAGAAUUCAAUUUCAAAUUGAUUGUAAAUUUAUAGGUGAACUCUCAAAGUGUAAUUGAUUUUUUUUUUAGAUGUUCAUCAAAUCUUCAUGCAAAGAUUUUGGUAUUAUAAGAAUCUGUAUGAAAACACUUGUGAAUUAUUUAUUUUCUUACUGGCUGCCAUUUGGAUAAUAAUGAGAAUCCAGAUAUUUUCUACACAACUAAAACAUGCACUUGAAGAAAACCCAAACAAUUUCUUACAUUUUCUAAAAGAUGUCAGCCUUGAUGGUUUUUCCGUGAAGUGAAGUUGGCAAUCCUUAAAGAAACGGAUAUUCUGCAUGUUGCUGAAAAUAUAUUAAAAAAAACAUUUUUUUCUAAUUCUUGGAAAUAUUUUUUUAUAUCUAGUGUAAUUGUAUGAAAAGGUCAAUUGUGUAAUCAUUUGACCUGAAAGUCAAACUUGAUAUAGUAAGGAUUCUUAAACAUUCUGUCACAGCUUGUCAUCUUCAUAUACAUAUCAUACUGUACAUUAUUUUUUUUUGGAUAGAACUACAUAUCUUGAAUGACAAAUGGUUUUCAGGAAUCAAAUAUGUCAUUGGUGUACAUUUUAUUCAAAGGUGUAUAUUUGUUAAUGAAGGCAGUUCCUAUAUGGAUGGUAUCCUGGAACAUGUAAGGGUUUAUAUUAUACCAUCAUAACUUAAACAAGAAAUUUACAGCUUCAAAUAAGCAAGUUAAUUUCUCCUGGUAGAUAAAGAGAUAAAGAGAUUUAUAUUGUCAUAGUAACAGUAACAGCUAGGUGUAAGCAUGAGAAAAGAAAUCUGUGAUAAAUCAAUUUAUUAUAAUAUCUUUAUAUUUUACAUAACUGUCACAGCAAUCCUGGGACCAAAUUUGCUUGUGACAGUUAAGAUUUGCCGUGGACAAAAAGAUAUAUUUUGAUAUCAAAAUAUCAUUUUUACUUUACUAGUUAAUUGGUUUAGAUUAUUAAAUAUAUAUGAAUCAAAGUUAUGUAAUCCUUAACUUUUUACAGUUAAUUAAUGCAUCAUUUUUUUCUAUUGAAACAUUUAUUUUUUUAUCAUUGAUAGCUUAAAGAAACACAAGCCAGUGUAUUACUUGCAAUAGGGAGAAGUCUGGCUGUAAGGACCAUUGAUUUAUUGUGUUAAUUACUAGGCAUUACACAUGCUUUCUUUCUUUGAUGAUUUUGCUGAAGAUUAAAUAUGUAGUGUUGAAAUUAGCUAUGACAUUGUGCAUGAAAUAACUUUUCCAUGAUAUGAUUAUUUUUACUGAACCUUAAACAGUUAAACUUAAUGUUUCAUGUUAACUGAAUUAAAGGAUAACAGUUUUAUAGUGAAGUACUUUCAUAUAGGAAAACUCAAGACUUAGUAAUUUCUAUAUUUUCCUGUUUAUGUUGUAUAUUUAUCCGCAUUUCUUUUAUCUAUUGUUCAGGGUUUUUUUGUGUGUGAAUCUUGUAUAUUUAAGUUUUGUUUAGUUCAUUUUGUAUAAUAUUCUUUGUUUUGCAAAUGUUGAUCAAUUCUUUAAUAUUUUAUUAUAAUAUCCCAAUGUAGUUGUGCAUUUCAAAUUCUAUAAUAGUGAUUUUUGUAAGUUUCAAUUGUUGUAGCUUUAAAGUGUAUAAUAUACAUGAUUGUAUUAUAAAAUUUGUGAGACAAUGCUUCAAUAAUGAUUAUGUUAGAGAAGUCUUAGCAUAAUUGAAGCUCCUGGACAAUGUCUGCACUUACAACUUUAUGCAUAAUAUAUAUAUAAUCUUUAUUUUAGAAUUGGGAGAUUGUUAUUCUUAUUGACUGAUCUCCCCUUUAACUUAACAACCACCCCACCCCCAAUCCCGUCCCCUCACACCCCCCCUCCCCAUGUUCUGGCUAUGCCUAUGGUACCCGUAGCUCAGGCUUAUCUCCCCACAAUGUUGUAUAACCAUACAUAUUUCCUUAGCUUUUUAAAAGCCACCAUAUAUUCUAAAUUAUGUUAUUCAAAAUAUAUUAAGGAAAAGAAGUAUUCAGUUUUAGAACUUAACUCCUAUAUAAUUAUAUAUAAAUAUAUAUCCAUUGAGUUGGUUUCUUCAACUGAGUUGUCAAGGUAAAAUACUGACUACUUGACUGUCAUGACUGUAGGUUAGCAUCUCUUCAAGUUGCGGGUUUUUUUUCCUUCAUUUUUUUGCAUUUGAAAAUAUAAUAAAGCUUCAGGAAAAUUAAUGGUUAAACCCAAGAUUUCUGAUUUUGUCUGAUAUACUUCACAGAAAGGCACCAGGUCUACUACCCUUGUAAAUGUCUUCUGGUAUAAACACAACCUUUGAUAAUGGGAUUUUAAUCCUAAUCAAAGAAAAUAGUUAACGUCAUUUUAAUUGGUAUGAUUAUAAACAAAAUAGAAUUGAAGGCAGACUUGCUUAGAACAAGAGAAUAUGUUCACGAUUUAUUCUAUCAAUGAUUUGUCAUGCUGGUUUAUGCCUUGAGAGUAUCUGUAUUAAACAAUCUUGAUACAUAUUAAAAGCUAGCAUGAAGAAAAUGUUUUUUUAUUAAUUGUCUAGACAUUAUAGAUACAAUAUGAACAGUAAUGAGAUUGUAUUUUAUACCUGCCAGGCAAUGUGUUAAAUCUUGUAAUGUUUUAUUGUGCAUUGGUUAGUGUGUAUCAGGAAACAUUUUUUCUGGAUUUAAGAAGGUUGUGUAAUUUUUAUUUUUUAUGAUAUCUAGCUUUAAUUGCCAGCAGUAUUCAGUAUGGGAAAGAUCUUGAGAGAAGUGCAGGUAUUUUUUGUUUGAAGAGAAUAAUUUGAAAUACUUAAAGAGCAAUUUUGUAUUGCAAAUGUCAGAAGUGAUU